AUGAUCAACCGCAACUACGGCACCAAACCGAAACCGAUCGUGCAGCGAAAAGGUACGAGCAAUGAGGAAAGUGACGAGUCGAACGAGGACACGUCGUCCGGUACGGCGGAAUCCGGUACCAGCUCGGAUACGGAAUCGGAGAUGGACACGACCGAGACGUCCUUCUCGUCCAAGAGCGCUACCGAGUGCGGUGCGGGUGCUAGCAACGGCAGUGCACCGUGCAAGCAACUCCAGAACCAGCAAGGAUUGCUGCGUGUGAACAAUCGCAACUAUGCGGUGUACUGUGGUGGCGAUGCGGAUACGAAAAACUCGAAACAUUUCUGCCAUCACCACCAUCACCAUCACCAUCAUCACCACCAUGGCGAUGAGGAGAGCAAGAAGGAUGUGAGCUGUUGUAGAAGUGCUCUCGACCAAAAUACGCGCCUUGUACAUAGACUCAAGAAAUCGAAGAAAACACUACCGAUCAGUAUUUGCAUACUAAACUGCCGCUACGACAUCAUCACGCGCGUCUGCAAGCGACUUGGCUAUCGGCUAGUGAAUGAGUCCGAUCUGUGGAACGUGUGCUGGACGGAUUCGUUCGUCGGUGUCGACUUCUGUCGCGAUAUGCGCCGCUUCCAGAAGGUGAACCAUUUCCCGGGUAUGUUCGAGAUCUGCCGUAAGGAUCUGUUGGCCCGCAACCUGAACCGUAUGCUAAAGCUGUUUCCAUUGGAUUAUCAAAUUUUCCCCAAAACGUGGUGCUUUCCGGCUGACUUGGGUGACGCGAUAGCCUACAGCCGUACGCACCGUAGCAAAACGUUCAUCCUGAAACCGGACCAGGGUUCGCAGGGGAAAGGUAUCUUCUUGACGAAAAACCUCAAGGAAAUUAAUCCGAAAGAUCGUAUGAUCUGCCAGGUGUACAUUACCAAACCGCUGCUGAUCGAUGGGUACAAGUUCGAUUUGCGCGUGUACACGUUGAUCACCUCGACCGACCCUUUGCGCAUCUUUGUGUACAACGAGGGUUUGGCUAGGUUUGCCACCAACAAGUACAAGGAACCGUGCGUUACGAACGCUUCCAACACCUUCAUGCAUCUGACCAACUAUUCCGUCAACAAGUACAGCAGAACCUUCUCGAACGAUGAUGAGGCCGGUUCGAAACGGCGCUUCUCCACGCUGAAUCGUAUACUGACGGCCGAGGGUUACGAUAUUGCCGAGCUGUGGAGCAACAUCGACGAUGUGAUAGUGAAAACGGUGAUGAGUGCCUGGCCGAUGCUAAAGCACACGUACACGGCCAGCUUUCCGACGCACGACAUCAUUCAGGCGUGCUUUGAAGUGCUCGGGUUUGACAUACUGAUCGAUCACAAGCUCAAACCGUACGUGCUGGAGGUGAACCAUUCGCCGUCGUUUCACACCGACGAAGCGAUCGACAAGGAGAUCAAGGAGGCGCUCAUCGCGGACACAUUCGUGAUGUUGAAUCUAAACGGUGAGGUAAAAAAGCGUGUGCUGGAGGAGGACAAACGACGGAUACAGAACCGACUGUUGCAACGGCUGCGCGAUUAUUCGAAGCAAACGGGUGGUAGCAAGGAGCAGCAACACAAUCAGCAGCAGCAACAACAGCAACAGCAGCAGGGACGCGACGGAAACGAUCAGGAUGAAGAUCCGUACGGCGAGGAUGGUAUGGGCCCGUGGGCCGAACAGAUCAACUGGGAGGAAACGCAUCUCGGUGGCUAUCGGCGCAUACUUCCAGCGCCCGGCGAUCCCAACCGGUACCUGCAGUUCUUCAUCGCCCAAAGCCAAGCGUCGGUGUACAACGAGACUGCGGCCAGCAAGCGACGGGAAGAGUGCGCCAAACAGCAACGGAUCGAGCUGGAGGAGCGUUUCCGACUGAACCAAGCUAUCCUGCAUAAGCACAAUCCAAAGCUCCAGAAGGGUGGUGGGAUGGGAGGGGGGGAAGAUGGUGCGGGUGCUAACGGGACUGGUGGGGCUGGAUCGUUGGCGGCCAAGAAGAAGAUACGCAAGCGCAAGGUAUCGAAGGUGACGAAGAAGCACGACGAGUUUACGCCGGACCAGAUCGCGGACUAUGAGGAACGGGAACGCAUGGCGUUGCUUGGGCAGCGUGACUUCCUAAUACGUACAUGUGGGUUAGUGCAGAAUAUAUACAUCAACUUCCAUCGGAACAAGCUACUUACCGAUUCUGACCGUCGCAAGUACAAGGAAACGUACGCCAAGCUGAUCACCAACGAUCAUCUGCAGCAGUCCGAGGCGUCUCCACUGUCGAACCAUACGUUCUCCACCAUCCACAGUACCAGCACCGUGGCAGGUUCCACAUCAACCGGCGGGUAUGGUUACGGUUCAAACGCCAACACGACCUGUCUGCCAAGUCUCCAGAAUGGCGCCGGCAUUGGUCCACAUUCGGCGGCCCAACAGCAACAGCAACAUUCCACGAAUCAGCUGCAGAAGCUGCAAAUCAAAAGCUUGGUCGCCAUCAACGACGUUACCUCGUGGAUGCAGUGCACGGAGGUACCGGUGCAGAGCCGUCCACCGCUGCCGUAUCUGCUCGCAACCCAACCGACCAACUACCGCAGCACCAAAUCGACCAUGGCCCGGCAGGUGACGAACGUGGUCAAACGACACAGUAUGGAAUCGCGCCAAUACUACACCUCGGACAAGCUCAUCUAG